AUGCCAAAGCCCGAGGUGGCCUUCAUCUCAGGUCCGAUCGACACCGGCCCCAGGGCCGAAUACUUCAAGACCCACUACGUUGCCCCCAUCGACGCCGCCAUCGCCCGCGACCACCGCUUUGUGAUCGGCCCAAUCCCCAGCGGCGUCGACGCCGACACCCUGGACUACCUUCUCGCCUACCCCGUCGAGCCGUCGCGGAUCACCGUCUUCGUCACGGGAACUGAAGACCAGACCGCGGGGGAUGGAUUCCGCGCCCGCGGGGUGAAUGUCCAGGUUGUGGGCGACCGGACGACUCUGCCCCGGGAGCGCGACGCCGCCAUGACUGCAGCCAGCACGUAUGAUAUUUUACGGAUCCGGACGGAGGAGGAAGCGCAGGAACUCUACGGGCGCGCCUACCGUCCGGGCCACAUGACCAAUACAGAAUUCAACUGGAAGCGAAGGAGGGGGUCUCCCACGCGAGAAGCCCCGGAUGGGUGGACAGAGACUUCGCCGUCGCGCGCGACGCGCAAGAACGGCUGGCUGGGAAGGCUGUCGGCGAAGCUACCCCGUUGA